AUGAAUACAAAUAUUGUUUUCCCUUUUGGAGUUUUUGUGGCAGUGGCAUUUCUUGUUUGCAGUGUAAGUGAAAGAUCAUCCUUUUUUAAAAUGACAAACGUUGUCUGUGAGUCAGUUAACAAAUCUUGGGCCGUUUUUCAUUAUUGUAGGCUAAAGGCGUAUUCGCGAAACAAGACUAGCCUGAAUAUAAACGCAACAUUUCUUCAUCCAGCCCACAAUGUAUUCCUCAGAUUGAAGAUGGUGAAAAAGGCCAGUGGCUAUAAGCCAUUUUUGUUUGAUAUAACCUUCGAUGCAUGCCAGUUCUUACGACGACGAAAUAAUCCGGCCAUCAAGAUGUUUUAUACCUUUAUAAGGGAUUAUUCCACUCUUAAUCAUUCCUGUCAUUAUUCGGGCGUGCAGACGGUAAGCGAUUUUCAUCAUGUUACAGUUCCUGUACCAUUGCCAUCAGGAGACUACGGCAUAUUAUUAGAUUUUAUAUUCGAUGGGAAGAAGCAGUUCCACGUAAAUAUUUAUUUCAACUAUAAAGAGGAUUUUUGA